CUGACGCCCGUUUAUAAAACGUGCUCCUUUCAUCAACAACUAUUCCGAGACAUGAGUAUUUCGUGCCUUGUCCAAAGUUCAAUCAAUCAACAUGGCCUCUUCUGAGGAUUCGAGCUCAAGUCACUUUCAACUGGAAGGUCUACCGCCUGAGUUGAGAGAUCUCAUCUGGAAGUUCACUCUCCCUGACUGUCGUCUAUUUCACGUAAAGAAGACUUCAACGCAAGAACCAUCUACCAACCCUACAGUUGAUGAACUUUUCUUUCGCUUUCACAUUCACUACGCGCCUCCAAUAGCUCUUCGAAUAUGUCGGGAAUCUCGUGCUGUCGCACAGCGUGAAGGCUUCUUCCUUUCACCUCACGGAGACAACCCAGGCGUGUGGUUCAGACCAGAAACAGACAUCCUCUACUUUGACCGGAACCAACGUGUCACCCUGAAAGCCAAACCACACAAUUCAAUAGUUACAAUCCAUGGCUAUGAUAAAGUCCUCAACGUCGGCAUUGAAUGGCGCGCUUUCUUUCGAGAUGUUCCCCGCCCAGCUGCUGGUGAGACAAUGGCGGAAUACUGGAGAGCUUCUAUAGAGUCGCUGUACGAUCUCAUGCCGGGCAUGCGCACUCUGAACUACAUUCUUCCUGAGCUGCGACAUAGAGGCGGUAUGGUUUGGGGACGCGAACCGUACCAGGCACAGAGCUACACGGCUGUGCUUCUACCCCUACCAGAGAAGGUCAAGAUUCCGUGGGAGACGACGCGAAAUCGGGGAAAUGAUCGGGCGGCGAUGCUGAGUGAGUUUCUGUUCAAUGCGUCUCAUGGGAACAGAGAUACAACACCGCUCAUGGUGACAUGGGGAGAAGUCAAGAAGGAUAUUGAAAAGGGUCUUGAGGAGGAUACUGAGCGAGAAAGUGCAGGGCAUUAUCCGCUUGAAGUGAUCGGUUGGUGGUUGAUAAGGGAUGGCAUUCCUGAGACACAGGAGAACCCGCAGGUUCAACGAUUUCAAUCUUAGGCACUAUAUCAAGAAAGGA